AUGAUGAGGUUGCAGACAUAUGCGGGUCUUAGCUUAAUUGCCACUUUGGCGGUAACAUAUCAUGCGUUUAACAGUAGAGGUCAAUUUUAUCCAGCAAUGGUUUAUCUGGCAACUUCCAAGAUCAGUUUGGUGCUUCUUCUCAACAUGGCUCUAGUCAUCAUGUGUAGUAUGUGGCAGUUAACUAAAAAGGUGUUUCUCGGCUCUCUUCGAGAAGCUGAGGUCGAGAGGCUUAACGAGCAAGCGUGGAGGGAGGUUAUGGAAAUUCUCUUUGCAAUUACUAUCUUUAGGCAGGACUUUUCUAUUACAUUCCUUGCUAUGGUCACAGCACUCUUGUUGAUUAAGGCUUUGCAUUGGUUGGCUCAGAAGAGAGUAGAGUAUAUAGAGACUACACCUUCUGUGUCUUUGUUGUCUCAAGUUCGAAUUGUGUCUUUUUUGGGCUUUCUUCUUCUUCUAGAUGGCACGUUUUUGUAUAGAUCGGUGAAGCAUUUACUAGCAACACAGCAGGCAUCGGUUUCACUCUUUUUUUCUUUUGAGUACAUGAUACUAGCAACAACAACAGUAUCAAUUUUUGUAAAAUAUAUUUUCUAUGUCAGUGACAUGCUUAUGGAGGGACAAUGGGAAAAGAAACCAGUCUUCACGUUUUACUUGGAACUUGUUAAGGAUUUGCUUCACUUGUCUAUGUAUAUGUGCUUCUUUCUGGCAAUUUUCAUAAACUACGGAGUUCCUUUGCACUUAAUAAGGGAGCUGUACGAGACAUUUAGGAACUUCAAAAUCCGUGUUGCAGAUUACUUACGUUACCGUAAGAUCACUUCUAACAUGAAUGACCGGUUUCCUGAUGCAACCCCCGAAGAGCUUAUUGCAAGUGAUGCAACGUGCAUCAUCUGUCGUGAAGAGAUGGUUACUGCAAAGAAACUUAUAUGUGGUCAUCUUUUUCAUGUUCACUGCCUCCGAUCAUGGCUGGAGCGGCAGCAUACUUGCCCUACCUGCAGAGCACUGGUUGUCCCAACGGAAAAUGGUAGUACUGCUGCUGGUGGGCAGCAAAGGUCACAGUCAGAUGCUCAUCGGCAUGGGGCAGGCACUGGAAGCUCAGCUCAAACUGAGGUUGGCAAUGGGGUGGCAUGUGAUAAUUUGAGUCGGCAUCAAGCAAGACUUCAAGCUGUUGCAUCAGCAGCUUCAAUAUAUGAGAAGUCUUAUGUUUACCCUUCUCCAACUUUUGCAUGCCCCCCUGGUUACACUCUUCAUCCCAUGGUUCAAAGAUCUGUGGUUGAAUCAUCUAAUGCCAAGAGAGAACAAGUUUCCAGUGAGCAAGAAGCACGCAAGCAGUUUGUGACCCCCGGUGGACCAAUGAAUAUAUCCUCUUCUCCACCAUCUCAAACACAUGUAGCCCACAUGGUUUAUGGAGAGGGAUCCCAACUGGGAGCUCAAAGGAAACUCCAGAUUGAGAAAGAAAACAUUGAGAAAAAUAUAGGCGAGGAGGACACAUCAUUGUCAGAUAGCAAAGGCAAACAAAUUGCUGCCUCUUCAUCUGUAUCAAGUCAUGAUGAGAGUCAAGACAUCAAAGCAUAA